CGUGACUGGCUGUGCUCUGAGGCCAUCAUGGCGUCUCCCAGUGGAAAAGGAUCCCGGGCGUUGGAGGCUCCGGGCUGCGGCUGCCGGCCGCCCCCCCGGGACCUGGUGGUGGAUUCGGUGGAGGACGCGGAGGGCUUGUACGUGGCGGUCGAGCGGUGUCCCCUGUGCAACACCACCCGCCGGCGGCUGACCUGCGCGAAGUGCGUCCAGACCGGCGACUUCGUUUUCUUCGACGGCCGGGACGGCGAAAGGUUUGUAGACAAGAAGGAGAGGUUAAGCCAUCUUAAAAGUAAGCAGGAUGAAUUCCGAAAAGAUGUGCUUAAGGCCAUUAUGGAAGGAAAGUGGAUAACAGAUCAGUUGAGAUGGAAAAUAAUGUCCUGUAAGUUGAGAAUUGAACAGCUGAAACAAACAAUAUGUAAAGGAAAUGAAGAAAUGACAAGAAAUUCUGAGGGCCUUCUGAAAACUAAGGAAAAGAAUCAGAAGCUGUUCUGUCGAGCCCAGCGCCACCAGGAGAAGAAGGAAAAAAUCCAGAGGCACAACCGCAAGCUUGGAGAUCUGGUGGAAAAGAAGCAUGAUGACUUAAGAAGUCAUUGUGAACACCUGGCAGACCUUCGACGCUCUCAUAUUCUAGAACUCACCUCUGUCAUUUUUCCCAUUGAAGAAGUGAAAACUGGCAUAAGAGAUCCUGCAGAUAUCGCUUCAGAGAGUGACACUGCCAUGACCUCCAGCACUGUGAGCAAGCUUGCAGAAGCCCGGAGGACUACUUAUCUCUCUGGGAGAUGGGUUUGCGAUGACCACAAUGGAGACACAAGCAUUAGCAUUGCAGGGCCCUGGAUUAGUCUCCCCAACAAUGGAGACUAUUCUGCUUACUACAACUGGGUAGAAGAGAAAAAAACAACACAGGGACCUGAUAUGGAACACAAUAACCCUGCCUACACCAUCAGUGCUGCCCUGUGCUAUGCAACUCAGCUUGUCAACAUUUUGUCUCAUAUACUUGAUGUAAAUCUUCCCAAAAAAUUAUGUAACAGUGAAUUUUGUGGAGAGAAUCUCAGCCGGCGGAAGUUUACUCGUGCAGUCAAGAAAUUGAAUGCAAACAUUCUUUACCUCUGCUUUUCUCAGCAUGUAAAUUUAGACCUAUUGCACCCACUACAUACACUCAGGAAUCUAAUGUACCUGGUCAGCCCAGACACUGAACACUUGGGCAGGUCUGGGCCCUUUGAAGUCAGCGCUGAUCUUGAAGAUUCCAUGGAAUUUUUGGAUCCUGCAGCUGCUGGAGAAACAGAUGAAAGUGGAGACGAGCAUAUAAGUGAUGAAGAGACUGACCUAGGAACAGACUGGGAAAAUCUGCCAAGCCCCAGGUUUUGUGAUAUUCCUUCCCAGCCGGUCGAGGUGCUGCAGAGUCACAGCACACAGGUAUCACAGCCGGUUGCUAGCAGCAGUGCUGGGGGAAUGAUUUCCUCCGCUGCGGCUUCGGUGACAUCAUGGUUCAAAGCUUACACAGGACAUCGCUAGCAAGCAUCGAAGAGACAGUGAUAGAUCUGCAUAGUGAACACUUCUCUCCCACAAUGUCUAGUUUUACCUAUUCAGUUAAGUAGUGCCUGGAACACAAAAUAAAUAAACUAAUUUUUUAAAAGCAGAAUUCAAUUCAACAAACAUUUAUUAAAGUUAAACAUUUUUAUUUACAAAGAUUGACUGUGAUGAUAACAUUUUGUAAAUUAGGUAAAUUCACCCUUAUGACCUGCUUCACAGCCUACAUAGCCUUGGGUAAGCAUUGAAGAUGAUGAACUUUGCACACGUGGCCAGUUCUUCUGUAUUGAAGGAUUAUUGGGGCACUUACCACAAGAGAGAAGGAAUUUGGGAAAUUUGGUUUCUGUUUCAUUCACAAUACCGAGAGAUGGUAGUUCUUAGAACUCUAUAGUUUUAAAAAAUAGUAACAGAAGGUUCUGUUACCUUCUCAUUAAUAUGUAGGGAAGUGACUAUAUUCACACAUAUUUUAAAGUCGUUCUUUACUGAUGAAAACUCACAACUUAAACAUUUUUAAUAUACUUGCUAGUUCUUGUGCCCACAUAUUUUGUACAAAGAGCCAGUGUGUUAAUUUAGAAUAAUUGAUUGCUUUUAGAGUUUGGUUAUCAUGGGUUACCUUUUUUUUUAAUUGAAAUGAAUUCAUUUGUGCUGCUUUCUCAGAUUAUCAGAAAUUUUAUGUGACAGAGAGCACUUGGUCGUCAUCUUUCUUUUACUACCCACACACCAAAGAAACACUGGAUUUAUUUUCUUUAGGACCUAUAGCCACAGACAGAAGAGAUAGUAGACACUUGCAAUAAUGUUCUAGAUUUUUCAGUCUGUUUUUUUUUAUAUGUAGUUGUUUAAGCUCAGUUGGCUAGCUAAGAGUUCAAUUCCUGCUGGCCUCACUACUGUGUGUUUUGAAAUCCAAGUUCAUUUCCUGUCUGUAGUGGGUCUGCCUAGUUUGUGCACUAGCUAAAAGGCCCUGUCAUUAGGUGGUCACUCUGGUGGUUUCUUCCACUGCAAGAUUCAUUUUUCAGUGAUAUAAUCCGAUGGCAAGUGCUCCCAAGGAGGGCCAUCCCACUUGUCAAGUUUCUUAGAAACCUUUAUUGCUUUGAAGAUGCUCAGUGACACUUCAGAAAUGUAAAGUGUGUCCUUCAGAACACUGAGACUUUUUUUUUUCCUCUAUCAUGGAGAAAACAAUUAAAAAAUAUUCUCUGAACAAGAGAUUUUUUUUUUUCCGGUGAGAUUUGGCUUGUCAUUCUCUCCAUGGCAAUCUGUCAAGGAGAUUGGUGAGGAAAAGCCUUUAUUGACAAAUGUGUAUGUAGUUUUUAGAUUUUUAAUACACAAGGAAAAAAAUACCCGUGAAAUACCUGACAUCAUUGUCUUUUUUGUUUUUCUGGUGUGGUUAGGCCAAGAUGCCUCAAGAGAACUAAUUUUGAGGCUUGCUCUUCCCAUUUCCGUUCUUUGAGGGGGUAAGGGGGGAUAUAUAUGUAGUGAUACUUUGCCUCCAAACAAGAGGAUGAGAUGCAUGAUUUUUUUCCCAAUGUUGAUGUAAUUACCACUUGGUAGAAAAACCCAGGGUGUGCUAUAAUUCACUUCUAUCUAGGAGAUCAGUCUCGGUAACCCUUUUGAGAUUAUUCAUCCUAGGGAGCUCUGGGUGUUUUUAUAUAGCGGGUUUAUCCACCUUUGGUUUAUGUCAGAACUUGAUGAUUUAGGGUCUACUUUUUUUUUUUUAAUAACAAAUGGCAAUGGUAGACUUACUUAAAAAAAAAACCAAAGACAUUUAAAUCUUGUUAGAUGGGAGUCAAAAAGCUUUCAGACAGAAGGAACAGCUGAUUAGGACCAGAGUGGAGUGGAGGAUUGGCUAAUUGGUGGAGUUUGGAAAGGAAGUUGACUCUAGUUGAGUACAUUAACCAAUAGUCAAUAAUCAUGGUCCUCUCAAUUGAGCCUACAAUGAGACCAUGGAUGAGAUAAGGCUUAGGAAACAGAUUUCAUCUUAUGCCCUUACUCAGAGCAGUCAGCAAAACUUUAAAAACAGGGGGAUUGUUGUUACUGUUAACUAGAAGCACUUUACAUAGUUACAGAUGAUCUGAUCCUUCAGUGUUCAUUGAGCACCUGCUUGUUAGGCUCUCACUUCUGAGAUUUUUUUUUUUCAUUAUUUUGCAUUGACCCAUCACCUAAGCGUUCUCUUACAUACACAUUUUAACCACUGGGUUUUUUUUUCACCCUUCUUUCUGCUUCUUUAAAUCUUGUCUUAUGAGGUGCAAAAAAAUUUGUAAACAGUUUAUUAAAAAUUGAAGCUGGUAUUUUUUAAAAUGAAAAGCCAUAGAACUUGGUAUGUGUCAUGUUUUUCCAUUUUAAAAUCAUUUAUUGAAACAAUGUAAUAGUAAAAUCCACAGACACCAAAAAGGUUGUUUGAAAUGGGCUGUGUUUGAGAAAUUUUUUUGUAAUAGAAUAUAUAAUUUUUAAAAUGUUUUGCACAUGUGUAAGUUAACAGGGAAUAAAAUUGGAGUGUCAAUA